UAGGGUCGACGCUUCACGGAAGGUAGAAUGGGGCCGGAUGCUUGAAGUUGGGCCCCGUGGAUUAGCUCAGGAGCCCCGAUUUCAUCUUCCCUUCCUGGCGACGGGUGGACAAGUCAAGUGGCGGUUUGCUAUGGAGCGGGCAUGUUGUAAACAGAGAUGCUGGCAGACAGACAGCCCCAGCUCGUUAGCCCGAGGGACGGAAGAGCAGUGAACCGGUGGCAUGUGUUUAAAUCUGUAAACAACCCGUCCCUCGUCCGCGUCUCGGAGCCCAGGCGGGGCUAACUGGACAUUUGACCGGAGACAUCGGCACCUGCAGCCGCUGAAGGGCUCAGCGCAGAGUGCGCAGGCAGACAACUCCAUUAGCUAACAAACAACUCUUCUUGUCGGCUUUUUUUUAAUUAUUAUUAUUUUGUUUCUUUUUCUUCGUUUAUUUAUUUAUUUUUUGUGAGUAUGGAGUCUGACGACGACGUGCCGCUGAUCUUGACCUGGGACGAGGCAAACAGCGGUCUGCUGAUCGACGAGGAGAGCGAAAGAGGAGACCAAAAUGGAGGAGGCAAUUAUGACAUCGUGAACAAUGCCGUGGUCUCCACGCCCGGCGUGCAAAGCAGCAAGACCCAGAAUGCGGCUUUAAAGCAAAGCUGGGAGAUGAACUACCAAGAGGCAGCCAUAUACCUGCAGGAAGGGGAGAACAACGACAAGUUUUUCACUCACCCUCGCAACCCGAAAGCACUGGCGGCGUACCUGUUUGCCCACAAUCACCUGUUCUACAUGAUGGAGCUGGUGACGGGGCUGCUGCUGCUGCUGCUGUCGCUGUGUGAAGCCCCCGCCGUCCCCUCGCUGCGCCUGGACAUCUACGUGCAUGCCACCCUGGAGCUGCUGGCUUUGCUUCUGGUGGCGUUUGAGCUGUGCAUGAAACUCCGCUGGUUAGGCUUCCACACGUUCAUACGGCACAAGAGGACCAUGGUGAAGACGUGCGUGCUGCUGCUGCAGUUUGUGGAGGCCUUUGUGGUUCUGAUCAGACAGACGUCUCACAUGCGAGUGACCCGAGCUCUCAGACCAAUAUUCUUGGUGGACUGCAGAUACUGCGGUGCUGUGCGCAGAAACCUGCGUCAGAUCUUCCAGUCGCUCCCAUCUUUCAUUGACAUCCUCCUGCUGCUGCUCUUCUUCAUGGUCAUAUUUGCCAUUUUGGGUUUCUGCCUCUUCUCUACAAACACAGCUGACCCGUACUUCAACUCUUUGGAGAACAGCCUGGUCAGCCUGUUUGUGCUGCUGACCACAGCAAAUUUCCCUGAUGUGAUGAUGCCAGCGUACUCCAAGAACCGCUGGUCCUGCGUGUUCUUCAUCGUUUACCUCUCCAUAGAGCUCUACUUCAUCAUGAACCUGCUCCUCGCCGUGGUAUUUGACACAUUUAAUGAUGUGGAGAAGAUGAAGUUUAAAUCUCUUUUGCUUCACAAAUGCUCUGCUAUUGACCAUGCCUUUCAGCUGCUGGUCAGCCGGCAGAGGCCGAUGGGCGUGUCUCUGAAGCAGUUUGAUGGUCUAAUGCGUUUUUACAGACCUCGCAUGUCUGCGAGAGACCGCUUCCUCACGUUUAAAGCACUGAACACAUCAGGGGCUCCUAUGCUAAGCCUGCAAGAAUUUUAUAAAUUUUAUGAGGUCAUUGGCCUUAAAUGGAAGCCGCGACGGAGCAGAGAGCACUGGUUUGACGAUCUUCCACACACGGCCUUCCUCAUUUUCAAGGGCAUCCACCUGGUGGUGAAGUCCAAGGCCUUCCAGUACGCCAUGUAUGUGGUGGUGGCUAUUAAUGGCGUGUGGAUCCUGGUGGAGACGUUCAGAAUGGACAGCGGAUACUCUUGGUCUGAGUUUGUCCCCUUGAGCUACAUCGUUUUCCUGACUAUUUACGGCGUGGAGGUGCUGCUGAAGAUAGCGGGUCUGGGGCCGCUGGCUUAUUUCAGCUCCGGCUGGAAUCUGUUUGACUUCUCCGUGACUGUGUUCGCCUUCUUGGGGCUGAUCGCUCUGGCCUUCAACAUGGAGCCGUUCUACUUCAUUGUGGUUCUCAGACCGUUCCAGUUGCUCCGGCUGUUCAAGAUCAAGCAGCGGUACCGUAACGUGUUGGACACCAUGUUUGAGCUCUUCCCCCGGAUGGCCAGCCUGGGACUGACUUUAAUCAUCUUUUAUUACUCCUUUGCCAUUGUGGGCAUGGAGUUCUUUGCAGAUGUGGUUUACCCGAACUGCUGCAACACCAGCACAGUGGCAGAGUCCUACAGACAGAUCAACAAAACGUACGGCAACAAAACGGUGAUGGAGGAAGGCUACUACUAUCUCAACAACUUUAACGACAUCCUCAGCAGCUUCGUGACUCUGUUUGAACUGACUGUGGUCAACAACUGGUACAUCACCAUGGAAGGAGUGACGUCCAUGACGAGCCACUGGAGCCGGCUUUAUUUCAUGACUUUUUACAUUGUGACCAUGGUCGUGAUGACCAUCAUUGUGGCGUUCAUCCUGGAUGCUUUUGUGUUCCGCAUGAACUUCAGCCGCAAGAACCGGGAUCCGGUGGAUAAUCCAGAGGAUGAAAAUGGGAUCGUGUUUGAAGUGGAGGUGGGGAGAGAGGAAGUUUUGGCCACCCUGGAGCUGUACAAACAGACGUGCCCCUCGGUGUCUUCGCUCACUUCGCUGUCUGCAGUCCUGCAAGCUAUGGAUAAGAACGGGCACACAUCUCUGGUUUACUUGGGCCGCCGGUCAAGAACAAAAAGCGACCUCAGUAUAAAAAUGUACGAGGAGGAGAUUCAGGAGUGGUAUGCAGAGUAUUCGAGUGAAUGUUUGCCUCAAGGAGACGAAAACCUAAACGUCGAUCAGAGCGGUCCCGUCGUCGCCGACCCGUCUCCCUCCCAAGAACAGCCGCUGGACUCGCAGGGUGGACGUCACAGCAUUAACUAAAAAAAAGAAAUCACCUUGCCAAGAUGUACAUGCACAGGAAAUGCACAGUUGAGGAAACCCCGGCACCUCCACAUCCACCAGUCGGAGGGAGGAGGGGGGGGGCAAUAAAAACUAUGAGUCUCUUGAAGUGAUGUCUGUGGGAUAAUAAAAUGACACUGUCCUCUUCCUGGAGCCAGAUGGGAGCGUUUAGACAUUGCAAAGGACCCCCGCCCCCUCCUAGACAAGCUACCAGAAAUCUCCUAUUACCACCAUUUCUUUGUGUAUUUAUCAUGACCCAAGGUUUUGUGUACUCUUAACAUAAAUGAAACCUGAUGCCUUGGUUUAACAGUUUCUCUGACCAGUAUUAACACAAUGCUUAUAGUAGAUCCUUUGACCAGAACACUAAACACUCAAAAGGCCAAUCCAACCACUCGCAACGUAAAAGCUUUCUCCUAAACUGAGUCAACGGUCUCCAAUUAUUUUGUAUAAGCUCUCAUUCUGUAACGUUCUUGAAAGUAACAAAUUUUAAUAAACUAUUUAAACAAUGAA